AUGGUAAUGCGCCGCAAAUACGCGCCGUUCAUUUCCGUGACACUCUUGGCGUGCCUGUUGGUCUUCACGUCAGUGUUUUUGUUUAUGGAUGGCGAUGACAAAGGUAGGUGGGGCGAAGAUCCUACUCUGCGGUAAAAAUAUACCUAUCAAUCUGUCGGAAAAAUAACAGCGGGUCGUCGAAGCCAAAUUUUCCAUCUCAUCGAAAAAAAGGCUACCGUCGCGCACCAAAUCUCCAGCCAUCGCAAUGAGGAUGAUGGGUGAUUCUUGGCGCGGCUUAGGUGCAAGAAGUUUAAAGAACGAAAUAUUUUCGCAUCUUAUUGUGGAGCUUACAGCGCGGGGUUCAUCACAAUAUUUAUAUAUUCUGGAAGCGGAACCUUUACUCUAUACCCAUGCCAAUUUUCAAGUCUCUAUCUUGAACGGCUAGCGAGCAAUGUAUUAAAGAAAGAGGUCCGCUUUGAAAAACUAGAAAAAAAUCGGGGAGACCGGUUGUGUCCCGAAAGUACAGAAUGCCGUGCGUUGUUUUCCCGACGCAACGUCAAACUGAGAUAAGCUAAAACAGUCCGGUGAAUGGAUUGGCAAUUUGCCGAAAAAAUACGCGAAAAAACGUUUUGUCGGGGGAGAAAUGGGGAAUUUUUGGGGCGAGAGAGUACGUUUUUGCGUGUCUUUUUUCUCUCUUUCUCUGCGAAAUCAAGACGAAGUGUAAAAAACCGAUAGCGAAGGGUCUAUUCCGCACACCGGACUCCUGAGUUUGACGUGCGACGCUCUGAUAAAACUUUUCGUGUUAAAAUUCGCAGCAAAAUGUCACAUUUUUGCCUACUUUUGAUCUAAAAAUUUUGGUCAUUUCCGCAAAAUGCGAACUAGGAAUCUCGCUCAUAUCUCAAAAAAACUUAAUCUAAAUUUAAGCCAAAUUUCAUCAAAAUCGCUGCUAGAGAUGAGCUUGAACUUUGCCGCCUUGAACUUGGGUUUCAAAAUCCCUAGCUUGAACUUAAGUCGGCGCCGAUUGCGUCGUUGACGUGAAAAGCAAUACAAUUUUGCCACGAUGCAAUUCACUUUCUCGCGAUUUCCGAUACAACAGGAUGAUCAUUUUCCCGACAGACUGAUAGGAAUUAUCGGUUUUCGAUAGUUUUCAAUCGAAAAAUCUCGGUUUUUCCCUGCAGAGCCCGUUCAAAAAAUCUCGAAAAGGUCAUAAAAAAUCGGUUUUUUUUCAACUUCCGGAAACAUAUUUAUAUUUACAUAUUUGCUAAAAUUUACAGUAGCAAGCAAGAGCAUAGUGAUGGCCAAACUCUCAACCACAACCAUGGAAUCAAUAGAGGCGGACGACGAGACUCCGCAGACUUUAUGGGGCAAUUACUCCAAGCGGCUGACUGUAAAUUCUGCGGCAUGCGGUGGAAUGGCCAAUAUGGUAAGUGAAAAUUUAUUUGACUGACUUUACAUAUUAUCAAUCUGUCGGGGAAAUAAUGUGGAUUGCUCGCAGAAAAAUGCCUCAAUUUGUCGGAAAUUGGCUCAAUCGCGGACCAAAUCCCCAGCCGUCGCAAAGCGAUAAUGGGCAAUUAUAAGGCGCGAUAAAUCCACAUUAUUUUCCCGACAAACUGAUAGUAAAUAUGUACGUAUUACUGUAUUUCUACAAGCUAAAAAAGUGUUUUGAAGGCGGCUGUUUUCAGCUGUUCCGAUUGGCCUUCCUCUUCGGUGUCGGGAAGCGAUUGAAGCGGAAGGCUUACAUGUACGAUGAGUGUGCUGUGGAUUACAAAUUGGAGUUGAUCUCCUAUUUCCCGAAUCUUGCGGGUCUGGAGUUUCGGGUAGGCUCAUUUUUCGAAUAAAUUGGGUGUUCGAGUUUAGCUGGAAGACCGAAAUUACACUCCCAUCAAUUUUGGGGAACUGGACUGGACCAUGGAUGAUUUUAAAAAGUAAGUUGGGUUAUAUGUAUUUAAUAAUAUUCAUAUCGACACUUUGAUAUCUUGGAAAUAAGUUUUCUUUAAAUUUAAGCGUCCUUAUCAGUCUGUCGGGGAAAUAAUGUGGAUUCGUUGGGACUUGGAAACGCCCAUCGUUGCUUUGCGACGGUUAUCUGGAGAUUUCGACUGCGAGGAGGCAAGAAAUUUUUCUACGACAAAUCCACAUUAUUUUCCCGACAUCCCUGAUAUUUAGAAAGGAUAUUAUUUUUUAAAACUUUGAAUCACUUUUUUUACUUUUUUGUCGCCGGAAAAGCUUGUGUCUAUAAUUCGCGGCGCCGUCUUAGUAUUGAGAAUCACCCAAAACCGAUCAAUUUUCUGCCUGAUUCGCGGAAUGCUGCACUGGCAAUGAUUCAGCGGAAUUUUUGAGACGUCAACAUUCAGCCACCAAAGGCAGGGGUGGUCAGCGGACCCUAUUUUUCCGAUUUUCGGCCCGCGGCCCGGCCCGUCUUGUCUUUUUCCAGGCCCGGCCCGGCCCGUGCAGGCCCGUUUAUAGAGGGUUGAACUGCGCCCAAGCUUGGGAUCUAAACUUAGGCAAAAAAGGCGUUGAUCUAGUUAGUAAAGGAUCAAUGUGAUUGUUUUGUGGUUUUAUAAUGGAACUAUAGACUUGUAAACGUUUUAGAACUUGAGAAACAGCAACUAUAACAACAUCAAUUAAUUUUCCCGGCGCAAAAACAAUGAAUGCCAACGAUUUGGCAUUAUAAUUUAGACGGGCCGGGCCGGAAAAAACCCCAGGCCCGCGGCCCGGCCCGGCCUGUGACGGGCCCGGCCCGUUUGUCAAAUUUCCAUUUUUGAGCCCGGCCCACUGACCCCCUGACCAAAGGGCCGCCAAACAAAACAAAUAUUCUGCCUCAAAAAUUAUGGCAAUUUUGUAGUUCUCAAUUUUUGCCCAUUAUUUUCCCGACAGACUGAUAAAAUUCCCCUGAUUUUUCUUUUUUCAGACUAGAGAACGCCAGCAAUGUGGACACGAUCAUGGUGACCGGCCAGUACUUGCAGUCGUUCAAGUACUUUCACAAAUACAAGCCGGCAAUUCGCAAGGUUUUCCGGCCCUCGAAAGCGAUCCAAGCCUUUAUCAAGGGCUAUGUGGACAAUGCGUUCCCCAAUUCCACCUCCCACAAACUCUGCAUUCAUAUCCGGCGCGGCUUCGAAGGCCACUACAUGAUUGUCAGCGAACCGCAUUUCACACUUCAUGUAAGGGCUCUUACAGGAAAUUUGAUGAUUUUUUUGCGGGUUUAGGCAGCUCAAACAGUAUCGGACUACCUGAAGGAGUCGUUGAAUAUCUCUGAAGUGGAUGCGAUCAUCUUCUCGGAUGAUCGGGACUUUGCCCGGAUGGCGGCGGCUGCUAUUAUGGUGAGUUUGGUGAAGGCAAAAGAGACUGCCAAAUGUGUCGGGAAAAUAAUAAGCGCAAUGCGGGGCGUUGCGGCAGAACUCUCCCCCUUUUCUUAACUUCCCCCUUUUUGAACACUCUCCCGCAUUUUGAAAAUUGAAAAAAAUGAGGUGCAACAUGUUAUACGAUGAAAUUUUUUUUCCAAUUGAAAAAAUGAGGUGCGACAUGUUAUACGAUGAAAUUUUUUUUCCAAUUGAAAAAAUGAGGUGCGACAUGUUAUACGAUGAUUUUUUUUUUCAAAUUGAAAAAAAAUUAGAUGUGACAUGUUAUACGAUGAAAUUUUUUUUUCAAAUUGAAAAAAAUUAGAUGUGACAUGUUAUACGAUGAAAUUUUUUUUCCAAUUGAAAAAAUGAGGUGCGACAUGUUAUACGAUGAAUUUUUUUUUCAAAUUGAAAAAAAAAUUAGAUGUGACAUGUUAUACGAUGAAAUUUUUUUUUCAAAUUGAAAAAAAUUAGAUGUGACAUGUUAAACGAUGAAAUUUUUUUUUCAAAUUGAAAAAAUUAGGUGUGACAUGUUAUACGAUGGAAUUUUUCUUCAAAUUGAGAAAAAUUGGGUGUGACAUGUUAUACGAUGGAAUUUUUUUUUUCAAAUUGAAAAAAAUGAGGUGUGACAUGUUAUACGAUAAAAAAAAUUUUCAAAUUGAAAAAAAUUAGAUGUGACAUGUUAUACGAUGGAAUUUUUCUUCAAAUUGAGAAAAAUUGGGUGUGACAGUUUAUACGAUAAAAAAAUUUUCAAAUUGGAUAAAAGAGGGCUCUUAAUUUUCCCGACAGACUAAUAGCAAUUUUUCAUAAAGUGCACGGACAGUUUGUCGCCGUCUGCACUGUGCGUGCACUAAACACGCACACUCCUCCUUUUGCACAGUGCAUUUCAAUUUUUCGCGUUUUGCAUUUUGCACUGUGCAUUUGAAAUAUCGGUGCGAUGUUUCAAUGACGGGCGAUUGCAACGCGCGACAGUCCACAUUAUUUAUCCGACAGACUGAUAGAUAGAAAAACUGAUAGAAAAAAAAUUUUUGGAUUACUUCGGAUUUUUUACAGGGCUUUCUUUAUUCGUAUCUUGCUUUGUUACAAAGCCAACACACUGUUUUUUCAGAACAAAACGGACAUCGGGCUGGCGCACGCGUCCGUGAUUAUGAACCGGGCCGAGGAGAUGAGCAUGGCCCACUCGGUGUGCGACUCGAUGAUCCUCACCUCGGCCGGCUCCACGUUCGGCUGGUGGAUGGGGUAUUUGAUGCGAGAGGAGGCGCAGAAACGCGUCUUCUACAACGGGCUCAUGUUUAAGGUGACUUUUUUGGGGCUUUAUCGAUUUUUUACGGCCUCAACGUCAUAUGUAAAAUAUAAAAAAAUUUUCAGGAAAGAGCCAAAAACAUGAUGCGACAGUUCAAAGAGAACGAUUACAUUCCACCGAAAUGGCGGAGGAUACAGGAGUUCGACCACGAGGUCUUCUUUUACAGCCGAAAAAAGCCCUCCAUUUUGUAUUGA